AUGUCCAUGUCCACUGCACUCGGCGGGGGGUCCUCCUCUUCGAUCCUGAAGAAAACGGGAAGCAAGGUGAUCGAGGAUCCCAUGGCGGUGAUCGUGAAAAGACAACGAGACACUUGGCUGAGGUAUCACGGCAAAGCCGAACAGAUGGAUUUCAGUGUGGAGGAGCGGAGAAAAUUGAAGGGCUAUUACGAAGCUUUGACGAACGGGGCUGAGUCGAUUGGGUUGGCGGAGAUUGAGGAUUUUUUCAUUGGUACUCGUCCUGAAAUACAGGAUUUUUCUAUGAAGUCGUGGUUCUUUUUCAGGAUUCUAUGAAGAAGCGGAUUCGGCUAUUUUUUUUUCAAUCAUUAUCAUUCACAUUCAAAUUGCCCAGACCGUCAGUAAUAAAUCCCACACUACAACAACGAACAGCUUUCGGUCUCGUCGAAUCGCGACAGCAGUUGCUCCGAAUUUUCCCUAAAGGCAGCAUAGACAGCUUCUCAGACUUUUUGCAGCUUUUGUCCUGUACCAAUCAUGGCAGUCGAGCCACAGAAGACAAUAGAAAGAGGAUGUUGUGGAUCAUGAAGAAUAUGAUGAGUGGAACACUAGGGGAUGAGGAGCUCAGCUUCACAUCGAGGGUUUCGAGGUAUAAUUGUUGAUGUUGAUAUAGUAAUCUAUGUACUACCUACUUGGUUUUGAUGUUUCGAGGUACCUACUUUGGUUUCGAGGUACCCUACAGCAAAUAGUAAUUCACGAUUGUUCUUUCGGUUCUCGUUCUGCAACCCCCGUUAGGGUCGUUUGAGUUUCUUCUAGUCCGUAGUUACCACGAUGAAUCUUCUUCCUGGACAAUCUUGGUAAUCUACACCCAAACAUCAGUUACCGUCGAAAGAUGCUUUUAGACGCAUUGAUGUCGAAGCCUGGUACGUUGGAACAACUUCGAGGCUCUCGGAUAAUGCAAGGUUAUUCAAGACAGCUGAUCACGAAUGCGCCAAAAAAAGGGACACAGAAUUCUAGAUCAUAAACAAGAAAACAAGAAGAAGAAAGUAGAUAGAUCACUCGGAGUACAAAUGAAGAAGAUGUGAAGACUCCUGAAGAUGUGGAUAGAUAGACUCAAAGUACAAACAUAGAAACUCCUGAAGAUGAUGUGAAGUGCGCGUUUCCGUUUGUGAAGAGACUCUGGUGGUGACCUGGAAGGAUAGAUUACUUGAUCAUCUGUCCAUUCCAGUUCGACCGAAAAAUAAGGACAUCGUCAUGUUCAUGUGACAUCGUCAUAUUUGUGAUUGUCACCUGGAGGACCUGAUAGCAGAACUUUUUUUUUCCAUUAUAACCGAUGGAGACUGGGUGGUCUGUUUGGUCGGGCAGCAGG